AAAAAAAAAGGUAUAUUGCGAGAAAAAAUAUUGCUAUAUGAUCGAAUUUUUUUAUGAUUAAUUUCGUUAAGAUUAGAUUCAAGGAGUUUUAUAUUGCAAUGAAAUAUGUAUCUAGUUUCUAGUGUAUUUAUUUGAAAUCUAAUUACGUAUUUGUUUACAGAUUCAGUCAUAUCGAGAAAUCUGUUUUCGUUGUCAAUAAAACUACAAAUAUGAGCAACGUAAUUUUAGAAUAUUCGAAAACUGUGACAGGUCUUCAGUUAAGGUCGCAGCCGGUAAUUAUCGUUGGACAAAUACGUCACUUAAAGAAAGCAUCUUUUAGUGGGGUUCAACUAAAACUCGAACCGUAUGUCAGCGAGGAGGACUACAUGAAGGCACUGCAGAACGUGCGUCCGUCCGGCACGUACCCCCUCUACCAAGACCUGGCGACGCUGGCGGCCCUGCCGUUCAAGAGCAGUCGCCACAACACGCCGUCCCGGGCCCACGCGGUCACCAAGCAGGUCAAGAACGCCUCCUGCGGCCUCAGCGAGACCGUCGUGCUGGUGUGCGAGCGGCAGGACGCGUACGCCUCGGCGUGCGCCGUGGCCCGGGCCUACCCGCUCUUCACGCGCAAGACGACCGCCAGUGCGGAGCCCGCGAGGGUGCGGGUGGAGUUCGUGCUGGUUCCCGGCGCCGAGCCGCCCGAGGGCCGCGAAGUGGCCAACGGCGGCGCGGAGGGGGCGGAGCCCCUGGGCGACGAGGAGGUGCGGCUGUUCCAGGACGCUGCCGCCGCCGUCCGGCUGGCCGCCCGCCUCGUCGACGCCCCCUGCAGCGAGAUGAACGUCGGCAACUUCGUGGAGGAGGUGCUGCAGGUGAAGAAGGAGCUGGACGUGCAGGCGCUGGUGGUCCGCGGGGAGGAGCUCCGGCAGAAGGGCCUCGGGGGCAUCUACGGCGUCGGCAAGGCCGCGGUGGAGCCGCCCGCCCUGGUGGUGCUGUCGCACCGGCCCGAGGGCGCCACCGAGACCGUGGCCUGGGUCGGCAAGGGCAUCGUGUACGACACGGGCGGCCUCAGCAUCAAGGGGAAGACGACGAUGCCGGGCAUGAAGCGGGACUGCGGGGGCGCGGCGGGCGUGCUGGGGGCCUUCUACCUCGCCGUGAAGGCCGGCUUCACCGAGAACCUGCACGCCGUGUUCUGCCUGGCGGAGAACGCAGUCGGCCCCAACGCCACCCGCCCCGACGACAUACACACCCUGUACUCGGGCAAAACGGUUGAAAUCAACAACACAGAUGCAGAGGGACGGCUUGUUCUUGCGGACGGAGUGGCGUACGCACAGAAAGAUUUGAAGGCAAACAUAAUAUUAGACAUGGCAACACUGACUGGUGCUCAGGGAACGGCGACGGGCAAGUACCACGCGGCCGUGCUGACCAACGACAAGAACUGGGAGGAGGCGGUGGUCCAGGCGGGGAGGGCGUCCGGGGACCUGGUGUUCCCCCUCGUCUACUGCCCGGAGCUGCACUUCACCGAGUUCGCGUCUGCCGUCGCCGACAUGAAGAACUCCGUCGCUGAUCGCAGCAACGCCUUGUCGUCGUGUGCCGGACUGUUCGUCGGCGCACAGCUCUCCUUCGACUUCCCGGGAGCCUGGAUACACAUCGACAUGGCCUCCCCUGCGUACGUGGGGGAGCGGGCGACGGGGUACGGGGUGGCGCUGCUGCCCGCGCUGUUCGGCAAGUUCUCUCGCGACGCCACCCUGCAGCGCCUCGCCCCGCUGGUGGACCAGGACCAGUUCGACGGCAGCAGCACGGCCAAGAGGAUGAGGCGCGGCGUGCAGCUCUAGCAGCACUAGCACGGCCGGUAACCCCCGGGGCGACGCAACAUGCUCGGAGCUCCGAGGACUGUGGCGUUUGUUUACAACACCAGUAAUUUGUUUGUAUUUGGAGCAUUAAAAUAAUUCAAAUUA